AUGGUCAUCAAGACGGACUUGUGCGCGUAUACAGAGUACCGCAUCUACCCUGGAGGGGGCAAGAGGUUUGUCGCCAGGGACGGCAAGGUCCACUUCUUCAUCAACUCUAAGGUGGCCUCCCUGCACCAUCAGAGGAUCAAGCCAGUCAGGCUCCGCUGGACGCAGGCGUGGCGCCGCAUGAACAAGAAGGGCAAGGUCGACGAGAACCAGAAGAAGCGCACCCGCAAGGCGCAGAAGUUCCAGAAGGCCAUUGUCGGCAUGUCCCUGGACGACAUCAAGAAGAAAAAGGCCCUGAAGCCCGAGCUGCGCCAGCAGGCCAAGGAGCAGGCGGCCAAGGAGGCGAAGGCCCGCCAGACGGCGAAGCCCAAGGCCAAGGCGGCCGCCCCGAAGGGCAAGGCCGACAGCAAGGCCCCGAAGCCCAAGGACAUGAAGGCAGCCCAGAGCAAGAGCAAGGGCCCGAAGAUGCCCGGCAAGAU